CGCAACUCCCCUGUGCUGAUUGCCAGACCAAUUACGCUAGGACAUCACACGUGGCCCACUAUCACCUGGCACGAUACUUGCAAACCCGCGUGCAUACCGAGCGUAACUGUGUGGGCAAGAGCAGAUAUGAAGAACAUAUUCUGCGAAGUCACAAGCGACCCGCUAGACAUUUCUCGCUAUGUAGAGCUCGUGGCGGACCCUGGCGCAGGCGCAAUUUCUACAUUCACCGGUGUUACCCGCAAUAACUUCCAGGGCAAGACAGUAAUAAAGCUAGACUAUGAAGCAUACACACCGAUGGCGCUGAAGAAACUACAGGAGCUUGCACAUCAAGUGACAAACAAAUGGAGUGUGUGCAAGGUAGCGAUUGCGCACCGGGUGGGCACCGUGCUCGUGGGGGAGCCCAGCGUCAUCAUCGCUGUGUCCUCGGCGCACCGGAGAGAGUCGCUUGAGGCGGUGCACUGGGCCAUCGACGAGCUCAAAGCCAGUGUGCCCAUCUGGAAGAAGGAGUUCUUUGAGGACGGCUCGGUGUGGAAGGAGAACGAGGAGAGCCGCCGACUGCUGGCGCAGCCACCUGCAGGAGGAGCAGUGGCGGCGGCAGUGGUGGCGGGAGCAGCGGAAGGGGGAGCAGCGGGAGCGGGAGGGGGCCGGUGACGGGGGCGUAUAGAGCUGCGAGAGGACAGGGUAGUGGCACGGUAGACGGUAGUGUGGGGUAGCGGGGGCGGGGCCAGGGGCCUGCUCGCUGUGAUGGCGGGGAGCAGCUGGUCCCGUGCGUCCGGGUGUGGGUGUCUCCACGGACUAUGGGGGAUGGAUCAUGGGAGGUUCUCCCUGCAGGCCGGGGCGGAGGGGGGUAUUGCUCAAGCCCGAUCAAGUAGGUCCCAGGUCUUAGAGCGGGCCAAGGAUGAAGCUGUUUGUGUGCUUAAGUGACGGAGUCAGCGGCGGCGUGAGCCAUGCGGAAGCAGGGGUGCCCUGAGGCCCGAGAGGAGAGAGAGAGCGGGUAGUGCUGUGUGUAGGCAGGCGGGAGAAGGCAGAGAGGGGGAGCAGGCGCCAUGUGCUGUUCUGUUUUACCCACCAGCACUCCUUGAGCCUAGAGGCUUGAGUAAUGGGAGCUGAGGUUGUGAGGCCCUGUCUUCCAGUGUGGAGGAGGUGAGCGAGGUGUGGACAUUGCAGGCCUGGUGGUGGUGGUGGGCGGGGUCCCUGUAAGCAGUCGUACGG